AUGGCGAGCAGCUUCAACAAAAAGAAAGGCGAAAUUAAGCAGCACGAAGAGGCGUCAGCAUUGCAGAGCCAGCAGGCUGACGGUAGCCGUGAAGAUCAACAACUCCGCGACCACCAUCAGUCGGACCAGUACAACAUUCGCUGGUCAUUGCUCUUGUUAGUCUACUAUGCUUACUAUCACGUCACGGGCGUCAUCCUGAGCGAUCGUGCUCCCAUUAGCUACACCGUAGCAAGGAUGGUCAGCGGGUCGACUCCUGAGGCGCGUCUUUCGCAUUCGGAUUGGACUGUCCCAAAGCAGCAGCUAGGACCACAGCCAACAAGAGCAUGA